AUGUUAUUAGAAGGUGUUAUAUCAUCAAGCCAGGUCUCUUUAACAAGAUAUUUGUCCAAGAGACCAUUAUCUUCUACUGUAUUUUUGAGGUCACAUAUAGGCAGUCUUAGCAUUUUCACUACUCCUGAGACGCAAGUUAAAGUAGAACCUUUAAACCCCCCAAAACUCAUUCAGAAUGGGAUUAAAAGAUUUGUCUUGAACCAAUUGGUGAUUGUGAAAGGCCCAAAGGGACAAGUUGAAAUGGAGAUACCUUCAUUUUCUAAUAUUGAUAUCGAUGAAGAACAUAGAAGAAUUAAAGUCUCUGUUGUAAAUCCAGAACAAAAAUUACAAAAGUCUAUGUGGGGAACAAUAAGAUCUCUUUUAAAUAAUCAUGUUGUUGGUGUCAAUGAAGGUCAUUUGGCUAUUUUAAAGUUUGUUGGUACUGGUUAUAGGGCCCAACUAGAAAAAGAUGGAAAAUAUGUGGGUGUAAAAGUCGGUGCUUCCAUUCCACAAGGACUGGAUAUACCUGAAGGAAUCACUGCUUCAUUGCCUGCCCCAACAACUUUGAUCUUAGAAGGUUGUAACAAACAACAAGUCAUGCAAAUAGCUGCCAAAAUAAGAGAUUUCCAUCCGCCAGAACCUUAUAAAGGUAAAGGGAUUUAUGUAAACAAUGAAACCAUUAAACUAAAAAACAAAAAGAUCAAAUGA